CAUGUGUACAUAUAAGUAGGUCAAAUCCUUCAUACAUGUCACAAGUGUAAACGAAGUGCAAGGGAAACUACUCUUACUACUUUUCUUAAAAUCCAUAAAACUCGAAAUCUGCAAAUAAAUGCUCAUUAUUGGAUUUAUGAAAUGGAAACAGCCUCACUAGCACCUUCUCUAAAAAAUAUAGCUCCUCAACAGGAGUAUUUGUUACAGGGCAGUAUUUUUGACAACCACAGAGAUGUAUUACUUCAUAGAUUAAGGGGACUUUGUGACAAUGCUGAGAGCAAUUUUGAACAUUUCCAUGAUUAUGAGGCUGUUUACAUGUUGAGAAAUUCUACCACUACCCAACAGAAUCAGUUUGUAUUGUUUCGUGUGCGUCAUGCACUUGAUCAUCCUGAUGCUCCUGACCAUAUUAGAUAUCUUGGCCAAGCAGAAAUGGGUGAUCGUGGCCGUCCAACAUUAGUUAGAGCUUGUCUUGAUGUUGCUUGCUCAAGUAAUGUAAGAGAUUUUUUGCAAGAGAUGGGUUUCAGGAUGGAUCAUGACUAUGUGACAAAAGGUUAUUUUUUUCACAAAGGUCGGAUGAAAGUUACAGUGUACAAAGUUUACAGACUGGUCCAGCCUGGCAAGACUGAUGUCCAAAACCUUGAAGCACUUGGUCAGUCCCACCUUGUAGAGUUGAGUGUAGUUGCACCAUUGGGACAAGAACAGAUUGGGGAAGAUAUGAAAAACUUUGCAGAGCAGCUGAAACCAUUGGUAGUGUUGGAAAAAUUUGACCACAGAAGAAUACAGUAAAGUCACUAUAUAAACAAGCUUGACUUAUUGUGAAUUUUUAGUUUUAUACUCUUGUAUAUUAUUUUUCACUCUUGUUUUUGGAUAAAGACAAAUUGUAUUAAAAUUUACUGAUAUUGAUACUGUUUUGAAUGGUUUAGUUUGAAGGAUUUUUAUAAUAGCAUUGUCAUGGGGUUACGAUUAUUUCAAUUAUUUUGUCUUGCAACAGUUAUAAAGUAUGUAGUUGUACAAAUAUAUGUUUAAAUCUUUCUUUUCUUCACAAAGCUGGUGUUCUUCUCUUAACAUUUACUUGGAAUUUUCUUGACUUGCUUGACUUAGUCCUUGUUGCUCCUUAUGGAACAUAGAGCCUCCAUCAUGUUGACUUCAGUUUUUCGAGAAAACUCCGCCUCUAGGUCUGUCUUGGGCUGCCUCUCUUCCGCUUUCCCUGGGGGUUCCACUCAAGCACCUUUUGGUGAGCUUUUUGCCAUUUCCCCCUUCUUAUUUGCACCGUCAUAGGCUCCUACCUUGCUUUUCUCCAUAAUUUUAUGUUUGGCACCGUCCUGCCACAUCAAUUUCAAAAUCUGUUUAUGGCACUUGUUCAUGAAAGGCUGUAUCUUCUCUAUGCUUGCCUUGGAGACUCUCAAUGUCUCUGCUCCAUAUGGCAAAACUGCCUUGACAUUUGAGUUAAGUAUCCUCCUUUUUGUUGAAGAUGGAAGAAUUUUUCCAUAUGGGUUGCAGAACUGUGAAAGGGCAGAAAGGCUCUAUUAAUUUUAGCACGUAUGUCCUCCUCCGUACCUCCCGAUUUGCUGAUCUUGCUGCUAAGAUAGACUAACUCUUCCACAUCAUUUACAUGUCUUCCAACUAUUGUUACUGGGGCCUCCUGGUUAUUGUUGAUUCUCAUUACUUCUGUCUUUUCUUUGUUGAUCUUGAGUCUUACGCGCUGAGAGAUGGCUCCUAAUGCAUCAACUUUUUCUUGCAUAUCUUGUAGCCGGUGCAAGAGUAAGGCAAGAUCAUCUGCAAACUCUAGAUCCUCUAAUUUCCCUGUGCCAACUGCAUACCUUUUCCAAAACUGGCAUAAGUCGUGCGCGUCACCCAAUGGAGAACCACCAAGAAGAGAAGGGGCACAACAGACAUCCUUGUCUAACACCUGUGUCGACCUGGAACUCUUUAGACAGUUUCCCAGCAUGGCUAACUUGGCAUGAAAAUCCAUUGUAAAGUUGCUGGAUUAUUUCCACUAACUUAGCGGGUACAGACCAGAUAGCCACUCUUAGAAUUAUUGUAGAACAGACGAUAGAAUGGAAAGCCCCACUUUACAUCUGCUUUGUUGACUUUGAGAAGGCCUUUGAUAAUGUCAAUAGGCAAACAAUAUGGAAUCUGUUGACGCACUAUGGUGUACCCACUGGAAAUUUCUGUUAUGUAUCAAUUAUAAAACUAUUGGUUGGUAUGGACAAAAUGAUAGCAUGUCCAGACAUUUCGAAUAGAUGAAUGAAUACAACAUUGAUCUUACAGAAUAUAAACCUAAUAAUCCAUUUAAAAUAUGCUUACAUGUCUAGUUUUCAACUUUAAUCUCUUUUGUAAAAAAAAAAGUACCAUAAUGAGCAGUCUAUUAUGCCCUACACAGCUUCUGCCUAUUAUCUCUCCAAUGAACUGAAUUAUACCCAAAGUGUAUCAAGCAACCAAGUGAACAAACACAACUCCAAGUCACCAGCCUAACCUGAGAGGCACCAACUGUAGGCAGGCUGACCCCAAAAAUUAUACACAGACAACAUAAUACAACCACUUCAAGUGACAGGCAACAUUAUAAUACAAACACUUAAAACAUGAGACAUUUUUUUACAAAAUUUUCUAUAGCUGCAAUCUUUAUUGGCUUGCUAACAAUCAGAACAGUGGCAUCAGAUCAGAUACACUAUCUACAUACUAGCCCUAGACACAAAACUUUUUUUUUAAAGAGAAGCAUUUAUAAUUACCAAACUAUAAGUGUUUGAAAACACCUUCAGGUUAAAAAAAUACAUGCAAAAUAAACAACUAUUAUCAUUCAUAUUAUGUAGGUUCCAGGACAAAGUUCCAUGACAAAGUUGAAAUGUUUAAUAGGUAAGUUAUUUACAUUAUUUAAGUAACAUUAUUGUCAUGAGAUCUAAUUCUUAUAUUACUUAUAACUAAUUUGAAAAUACCAACUAGUGUUUUAUUUCAUGUGUUUUAAACAUUAGUGAUUUGAAUUACAUUGCAACAUUUAUUGUAUUCAUCUGUAACACAAUUAUGUUUUUCAAUAAAAGCUUUCAACACCUG